GUUUGCCCGAGUCUCUGUUAUCCACAGUCCACACAGCUAAAAGUUCUAUCAUUUGGAAUUUGAAAAACAAAGAGAACGUAAAGAAGAAAAUGAGAUCAACUGCGACACCAAAUCUCCUGCAAUCUCUCCCGCCAAUUUCGGUUUCUCCACGCAAUCCUUCACUCUUGGCGCACAAUAGCUUAACAAGCCCUCCAAAGCGAACACUAGACAUAACGUGCGCUUCUAAAAGAAGUCCAGAUGAUUACCAUGCGACUCUGAAAGCUCUCAAUUCUAGAGAUCGAAGACCGAGGAAAUCACUAGGCCAGCAUUAUAUGUUGAAUGAUGAGAUUAACGAGCAACUUGUUUCUUCAGCUAAUGUUGAAGAGGGUGAGUUGGUUCUUGAAAUUGGACCUGGGACUGGUUCUUUGACUAAUGUUCUUAUUGAUGCUGGUGCAACUGUUCUUGCUAUUGAGAAAGAUGCUCAUAUGGCUGCUUUAGUGAGGGAAAGAUUUGCUGAUACAAAUCGUUUCAAGGUUUUGCAAGAGGACUUCAUCAAGUGUCACAUUCGAUCCCACAUGCUUUCGAUGUUAGAGAGUAUGGGAUCUUUGAGUGAAAAACCGAGAUAUGCAAAAGUGGUUGCUAAUAUACCAUUUAAUAUAAGUACAGAUGUAAUCAAGCAACUGCUUCCAAUGGGUGACAUUUUCUCUGAAAUCGUUCUUUUACUCCAGGAUGAGACAGCUUUGCGUUUAGUGGAAUCUUCCCUGCGAACUUCAGAAUACCGGCCCAUCAAUAUCUUUGUUAAUUUUUAUUCAGAUCCUGAAUACAAAUUUAAGGUCCCAAGGUCAAAUUUUUUUCCUCAGCCCAAAGUUGAUGCUGCUGUCGUUAGGUUUAAGCUCAAGCAAGCUGUGGACUAUCCAGCAGUUUCCUCCACUAAAAGCUUCUUCUCUAUGGUGAAUUCUGCAUUUAAUGGGAAACGCAAGAUGCUGCGAAAAUCACUUCAACACAUAUGCACGCCCGUUGAGAUUGAAGAAGCUCUUCAAAAUGUUGGUUGUCUAGCCACUUCAAGACCGGAGGAGCUUACCUUGGAUGAUUUCGUUAAUUUGCACAAUUCUAUUGUGAGAGCAUAGGGUUUUUGGUGUUGGGAGAGAGUUAAUGAAGAUACCUAAGACAAGAUUGCCGGACACCGUGUCAUACAUCUCUGGAGUUGCAGCAAAUCAAUGUCAUCAAACAGGAUGAGGAACCUCAACGAUAGAAACCACAUUACGGGAAUUUCAGUACUAGGAUCUUCCUGGUAGAAGAUGAAUUCAAGCGACUUUGGUUGGGAUGCGGACCCAAUUUGCAGUGUUUAAAGAGUGGAAUCAGCAUACUCAAUUUGCUACCACAUACAAUUUCGGAAAUCCCAGUGUAUGAUCGUGUUAUAUUAUUAAUGAAAAGGGGAUUAACUGUGACAUUGAUUAGAAUUCAGAUUGUAUAUAAGAAAAUUAUUUAAUGCAAAAAGAUGUGAUGGUCUUUA